CACCUCCAAAACCCCGACUCACUGCAACAGCCUCCCUGUCAAGCCCUAAUCUCUACCCUCGCAACUUCGUCAAUCGUGUGUCCCAGGUGAGGCAGACAGACAGGAAAAAUUAAAAAACGUCAUGGGGAUCCCGUUCCUCGUCUCCCUCGAUCCCCACACUCUCUCACUCCCCGCUUCUGCCGCAGGCCUCUCUCUGACGCAGAUCUCCUAUUUCGGCCGGGUCUUCCUGAAAUCGUGCAAUACGGAACAAGCCAUCGACUUUAUUAGGCGAUCUUCCUCGCUCCUGGAUGUCUACAUUGACACAUCGGCUAUCGAAAAUGUAGGAGAUGUCGUUGAGAUCCUGGACUCAGGCGCAUCCAAGGCCUUGGUUACACCAGCCCAAUUGACCACCUUGUCAAGGGAGCAGACAGUUCCCUCAUCGAGAUUAAUUAUUUCUCUCUCCUGUGUGACGGAGGCUACAGAGUUACAAAAUUGGAUUGCGGAGAACGAUGAGCGGAAGGAAAUCAGUGUUCACUGCGUAGAUUCUCUAGCUGUCGGUGCCAUUGUAUCGGAACUAGGAGAGAAAGGCAUUGUUAAGGAGGUUUACCGCUCGUACGAUGGUGUAGCGGCCACUAUACAGGCGACUUUGGCGUCGAGAGAGGCGGAAAAUGUUGUCACUAUUGUUCCUUCGAUCGCCCUAUCCCUUGACAAAGAUGACGUUUCGUCUACAGCAAGGCUAUUAGUUGCACGAGCUACCCCAGACGCUUCCACAGGCCUUUAUGCUACGGUAGUGACGGAUGAGAGAGGGAUUGCGUUGGGCCAGGUUUAUAGCAGCGAAAGAAGUGUUUCUGAGGCGUUGAAAACGGGCACCGGUGUUUACCAGAGCCGGAAACGGGGCCUCUGGUACAAAGGCCAAUCGAGCGGGGAUACGCAGGAAUUAGUCAGAAUUGAUUUUGACUGUGAUAGCGACUGCUUGCUUUUCGUCGUAAAACAGAAAGGGAAAGGAUUCUGUCAUUUGGGAACUGCCACUUGCUUCGGCCAGUACAGGGGGCUGUCACGCCUUCAGAAGACCCUACAAGCUCGCAAGAAGGAUGCGCCUCCCGGAUCUUACACUGCUAGACUCUUCAAGGAUCCGAAACUCGUCCAGGCAAAAAUUAUGGAGGAGGCUGAGGAGCUGUGCAAUGCUACUUCACCGGAGGAUAUAGCAUUUGAAGCAGCCGAUCUACUGUAUUUUGCAUUGACCAAGUGCGUCGCUGCCGGUGUAACUCUAGAAGAUGUCGAGAGGAAUAUUGAUCUCAAAACCUUAAAGGUGAAACGGCGACAAGGGGAUGCCAAACAGGGCUGGGCCGAAAAGGUUGGCCUUGCAUCGGCAAAGGAGGAACAAAAGCGACCCGUUGAGCCUGCUACAGGGGCUGAUCAGGAAAUCCAAGAUCACACUAGCAGGAUUAAAAUGCGGCGCAUUGUGACUGCAACUGCCUCCCGGGAUACCAUAAAGGAAGCAUUGCAACGCCCAUCGCAAAAAUCAAAUGAUGCGAUUGUGGCUCUUGUUAAACCUAUAAUUGAGGACAUUCAGAAGAACGGGGACGCAGCCGUCUUGAAAUAUACGCACAAAUUUGAAAAGGCUACCUCUCUCACCACUCCCGUCAUCAAGGCGCCGUUCCCAAACGAGCUGAUGCAGAUUACUCCUGAGACUACCAAGGCCAUCGAUGUGAGUUUCGAGAACAUCCGCAAGUUCCACGCUGCACAAAUGGACGACAAGCCACUACAUGUCGAGACAAUGCCCGGUGUCAUUUGUUCGCGAUUCUCUCGCCCCAUCGAGAGAGUUGGCCUCUAUGUUCCAGGUGGGACUGCGGUUCUCCCAUCAACAGCAAUGAUGCUUGGCGUUCCCGCCAUGGUAGCGGGAUGCAAGAAGAUAGUCCUUGCCUCCCCUCCACGAUCUGACGGCAGCAUAUCGCCGGAGAUCGUAUACAUCGCGCACAAAGUAGGGGCAGAGAGCAUUGUGCUCGCAGGUGGCGCGCAGGCUAUUGCGGCCAUGGCAUACGGCACCGAGAGCAUCAGCAAGGUCGACAAAAUACUCGGUCCUGGGAACCAAUUCGUAACCGCGGCAAAGAUGUUGGUUUCAAAUGAUACUUCAGCCGGCGUCAGCAUUGACAUGCCAGCAGGCCCCAGUGAAGUCCUUGUCGUCGCUGAUAAGGACGCUAACCCGGCCUUUGUCGCUUCCGACCUACUCAGCCAGGCAGAGCACGGUGUCGACUCUCAAGUUGUCUUAAUUGCUGUUGAUCUCAAUGAUAAACAUCUGAAAGCCAUCGAGGACGAGUUGCACGCGCAGGCCAUGGCUCUCCCACGUGUUGAUAUCGUACGUGGUGCGAUUGAUCACUCUGUCACCUUUGCCGUCAAGGAUAUAGAUGAAGCUAUUGCGUUGAGCAAUCGCUAUGCGCCUGAACAUCUUAUCUUGCAACUAAAAAAUGCAGCGGAGGUCCUUCCCCUCGUCCAAAAUGCCGGAAGUGUUUUCAUUGGCGAGUGGACACCGGAGAGCGUUGGCGAUUAUUCGGCUGGCGUCAACCACUCUCUUCCAACCUACGGCUAUGCCAAACAGUAUUCUGGUGUCAACCUCGCCUCGUUUGUCAAACACAUUACCAGCUCCAACCUCACUGCUGACGGACUACGCAAUGUGGGCGAGGCGGUUAUGCAGCUGGCAUCAGUUGAGGGGUUGGAUGCCCAUCGCCGCGCUGUCAGCAUUCGCAUUGACCACAUGAAUCGUAAGAAAUGAGGAACGCAAACACGUAACUCAGUGUCCGUGUAUACGUUAUAUGUCUCUGUGCGCUAUUUCUUUCCGGGUUGUAUUCUCUCCCUUUCCCUUUCUCUUCUUUUCCUUCCAUGUUUUACAUUUACAUUUUCUUUCUCAUUUUCUCUCGGGUCAGGGCUAGACUGGUGCGCAAGACAAAAUGAUAUUAAAAUGAGGACAAGCAAAGUAACGAUGGGAAUUGGCAAACGGACAAGAAAAUGAGCUGAUGAUGAUGAAUAGAUUUUUUUUCUUUCUUUUUUUUUUCAGGGGGAAAAAUAGAGGGAAAUGGAGGAGAUCGUAUUAAGUGAAUGCCAGUGAACCAGGUAAACUACGAAGUCAAUAGAUCAUUUGCAACGCUGAUUUCUACAUUGCCAACAGAUGUUAUUAUCAUUGAGCCAUUUCUUGUAAUAUCAAAACCUCAGGCCCGCAGUUUGCUAGUUGUUAAGGCUCUGAAAAUCCAUGGGGAUCUCUAGCUUGCCGGAUAUGGGAUGAACCUGCAAACUUAACCAGCACAAAUUUACUAGUUGAUACUCUUGGGG